CUGGCGGUCAGAGCCCGGGCGACAUUCGGGACUUGAAGUACAUGUUUUCUAACGUCUGAGGCGGAACCUUCCAGAAGACAUGAUGUUGAUCUGGACACUGUCCAUGGUGCUAGUGCAACUGUUUGGUUCACUUGCGUAUAAAGACCCACACUGUACCGGGGGCAGGGACGGCGUGGUACAUCUCUUUGAGUGGAAAUGGAACGACAUUGCUGCAGAGUGCAAGCGAUUCCUGGGACCCUACGGUUUUUGUGCUGUACAGACGUCGCCUCCAAGCGAAAACCGAAUUAUAACUUCCCCCAACCGACCUUGGUAUGAGAGGUAUCAGCCAAUCAGCUACAAAAUCGCCUCGCGAAGCGGGAACGAGAGUGAGUUCCUGAACAUGGUGAAGACAUGCGCAGACAGCGGUGUGAGAAACUGCCGUCUGGUAAGCCUGCUUGACCUCCGCUUGAGCAAGGACUACGUACGCGGGAAAGUGGCUGACUAUCUGAACCAUCUUAUUGACCUGGGAGUCGCUGGAUUCAGAGUGGACGCCGCCAAACACAUGUGGCCCGGUGACAUCAAAGCCAUUCUUGACAAGGUCAAGAAUAUCCAACAAGGUGGUCGUCCCUUCGUAUACCUCGAGGUGAUUGAUUCCGGCUAUGAAGCGGUCAAAGGAUCAGAAUACCUGGGCCUGGGUCGUAUCACAAACUUCAAGUUUGGAAACGAGGUCGCCCGUUUAUUCAAAAACCAGAAUCCACUGAAGUACCUGGGCAAUUGGGGCAAGGACUGGGGCAUGUGGGCCACAGGAGACGUGGUCAACUUUGUGGACAACCACGACAACCAGAGAGGUCAUGGAGGUGGUGGUGGCGUCCUCACCCACUGGGACUCCAGACCCUACAAGCUGGCCACAGCCUUCAUGUUGGCCCACCCUUACGGCUUCCCGCGCAUCAUGAGCAGCUACGAAUACAACCAUGCCAAUAACUGGGAGGGCCCACCCCACAACGAAGACAUGAGCACCAAGAGCGUGCCCAUCAACGGCAUAAUCUGCGGCGACGGCUGGACGUGUGAGCAUAGAUGGCGUCAGAUCUACAACAUGGUAGCCUUCCGUAACAUGGCGAGCGGCAAACCCGUGAACAACUGGUGGGUAGGGGCCGACUAUCAGAUCGCCUUCUCCAGAGGAGACAGUGCCUUUAUCGCCUUCAAUCUGGAAGGUUAUGACCUCGACAAGACACUGCAGACCGGUCUACCUGGUGGUACCUACUGUGACGUCAUAACUGGCAACCUGGAGAAUGGUGAGUGUACUGGUGAGUCCGUGACAGUCGGAGAAGACGGUAUGGCCAGAAUCCACGUCAGUCACAGCAGCCCCGACCCAAUGCUCGCCAUUCACGUUGGUGCCAAAGUGGGCUCAGCGGAGAAAAGACACUGAAGAAACAGUGAAGGAAAACGGUUUUUUGUGAAUUUUUUUUCUUUUUUUUGUCUCGUACUAUACUUGAUUUUCUUUUCUUUCUAUUUUGGGAAUAAUUCAUUUAUUUCUGAAUUUUCGUUUUCAAAAUUGACUGCAUAAAAUAAAUUGUUUUUCAUAAUAAU